AGGAAAAAAAAUCUGAACACCUAUUUGUCUUCCCUUGCCCUCCCUGCGCCGCGUGAGUGCGUGACGUGGUCCGUUUUCUCUCGCCGCUUCCUCCUGCUCGCCGCGGCGCACCUCGCCGCCGCCGAAUCCUCCUCCUCCGCGUUCCUGCCGUAGUUCCGGGUCCUCCGUUCCCACCGGUCCGUAAAUUUGCACCCCCAGCCCCCCCAAGGCCCAAACUCCAAUCCAAAUCCAAUCCUUCCGUGAGCCUGCCUGCUUGGGACUCGGGAUCUCGUCGGGAGAGGAGGCGGAGGCUUGACGAUUUGGGACCAUGGCGUGGCGGCGCGUCCUAUCCCAGGCUGCAAGGAAUCAGUCAGCAUACGCAAUCUAUAAUGAACUGGCAGCCCCCUCCCCUCUUAGGUCACUUAGAAGUAACAUCAGUGCAGGUGGCACACUCAGGAACUUACAUGAGAGGUAUUAUUCAAGCUAUUUUGGUAGCCUUUCACGCAGCGCACGAGACCUGGGCUCGCCAAGUGAAGCUUCUCUGUUAAAAGAGAUAUACAGAAGUGACCCAGAGCGUGUCAUACAGAUAUUUGAAGGCCAGCCUUCAUUGCAUUCUAAUCCUUCAGCACUCUCUGAGUAUGUAAAAGCUCUCGUAAAGGUCGAUAGGCUGGAUGAAAGCAUCUUGCUAAAAACAUUGCAAAGAGGUGUUGCUGCUUCAGAAAGGGCGGAAGGAAGCCUUAGUAGUGUGCCAGCAUUAAAGAGUGCUGGUCAAGUGACAAAAGAUGGGAUUAUUGGCACCGCGAAUGCGCCUAUUCACAUGGUUACAGCAGAAACAGGUCAAUUUAAGGAACAGCUUUGGCGUACCUUCCGAAGCAUUGCACUAACUUUCCUUUUAAUUUCGGGCAUCGGGGCUCUCAUUGAGGAUAGAGGAAUCAGCAAAGGCCUCGGUCUAAAUGAAGAGGUUCAACCAAGCAUGGAAUCUAGUACGAAAUUUAGUGAUGUAAAAGGUGUUGAUGAAGCCAAAGCUGAACUUGAGGAAAUAGUUCACUACCUUCGAGAUCCGAAGCGUUUUACACGUCUUGGAGGAAAACUGCCAAAAGGUGUACUGCUUGUUGGCCCUCCUGGCACUGGGAAGACCAUGUUAGCAAGGGCUAUUGCUGGGGAAGCAAGUGUUCCUUUUUUCUCAUGCAGUGGUAGUGAGUUUGAGGAGAUGUUUGUAGGUGUUGGAGCUAGAAGAGUGAGGGAUCUUUUUGCUGCAGCAAAAAAACGAUCGCCUUGUAUCAUAUUCAUGGAUGAAAUUGAUGCUAUUGGUGGGAGUAGAAAUCCAAAGGAUCAACAGUAUAUGAAGAUGACAUUGAAUCAGUUGCUUGUUGAGCUGGAUGGCUUUAAACAGAAUGAGGGGAUAAUUGUCAUUGCUGCAACUAACUUCCCCGAGUCAUUAGAUAAAGCACUUGUCAGACCUGGGCGCUUUGACCGUCAUAUUGUUGUUCCUAAUCCAGAUGUUGAGGGUCGACGACAAAUCUUGGAGUCUCACAUGUCAAAGGUCUUGAAGAGUGAUGAUGUGGAUUUAAUGAUCAUUGCCAGGGGGACGCCAGGAUUUUCAGGUGCUGACCUUGCUAACUUGGUGAAUGUGGCUGCUCUUAAGGCCGCCAUGGAUGGGGCCAAAUCUGUUACAAUGAAUGAUCUGGAGUAUGCCAAGGACCGGAUCAUGAUGGGUAGCGAGCGCAAGUCAGCAGUUAUCUCUGAUGAGUGCAGGAAACUGACAGCAUACCACGAGGGAGGGCAUGCGCUUGUUGCUAUGCACACCGAUGGUGCUCACCCUGUCCACAAAGCUACCAUCGUGCCCAGGGGGAUGUCCCUUGGGAUGGUGGCUCAACUCCCUGAAAAAGACGAGACUAGUGUGUCACGGAAACAGAUGCUUGCAAGAUUGGAUGUCUGUAUGGGAGGACGGGUGGCAGAGGAGAUUAUAUUUGGGGAUAGUGAGGUGACAUCUGGUGCUUCAUCUGAUUUCCAGCAAGCAACUUCGAUGGCAAGAGCAAUGGUUACUAAAUAUGGUAUGAGCAAGCAGGUUGGUCUUGUUUCAUACAACUAUGAAGACGAUGGAAAGACCAUGAGCUCAGAAACAAGGCUUCUAAUUGAGGAGGAGGUGAAGAGUUUCUUGGAGAAGGCAUACAAUAAUGCAAAGACUAUCCUCACAAAACACAACAAGGAGCUCCAUGUUCUUGCCAAUGCGCUUCUUGAGCACGAGACCCUCAGCGGUGCCCAAAUAAAGAAAAUAUUGGCCCAGGUAAAUAACAAACAGCCACAGGAGCAUGCUAUUGAAGCUCCACAGAAGACACAAACUUCACCCUCAUCUCCAGCUGCAGCAGCUGCUGCUGCCGCUGCAGCGGCAGCACAACAAGCGGCAGCGAAAGCCCAGGGAGUCGCUGGUAUCGGUUCUUAGCACAUGGGACGCCCACUGGUUUGCAUUGUGUAUAUUCACCAAAUUAGCAGGUUGUUUCCAUCAAUUGACAGCUGAUGAGGAUCAUGAAGAAUAUGCAAUGCUGUUGCAUCAAUAUGAACGUCGUAUUGACCGUAUGUAAGUUAGUAUUGAUGUUCCUCGGGGGACGAAAAGAAAACACAUGGAAGAAAAUCUGCACAUUGUAGCAAGUGCAUGUAGCAAGUGCAUGUAGCAAAUGCUUGAAAAUGAGUUCUGUACUCACAUGCCGAACGAGUUGUGUUGUUUACAACUUUACAUGGUAAUAAUUUUGACUUUUAAAGUCUGCCUUGUAUUUUGUAUGAGUAACAAUAAAGCGUGCUCUGCUCUGCAUUCUGAUA